UUUAUGGUUGAACUGAGAGACGUGGAGUUUAGACAGCCAAGUACUUUACAGAUAAUACCAUCAACAACCCGUAAUGAAAGAUGAUAUGGGUUAUCUGUGUGAUAUAUGGAUAUAUUCUUCUCUGACAGCGGAGUUACGCAAAUGUCUGCUGCUCUGAAAUGACGGUAUGACAUGAUUUUACCUCGGUGAAGACAGCCAAAGCUCGUUCAUCGAUCGUCUGAAGGGGCAACGUCAGAUUAGCUACAAACGUGAUUUGAUCUGUCUGAAACAGACCAACCAAAAAGAAAAACAAACCCAAAAAACCCUGCAAACAUGUCUCCAGUACCCGUCCUGCCGCUGGUGAUCAACUGUUUCAUGUCUGUGCUGGGAUGCAUGGCCACAAUCAAACUCAUUCCUGCCUUCAAAGACCAUUUUAUCUCAGCUAGACUGUACGGAAUGGACCUAAACAAAACAUCUAAAAAGGAAGUCCCUGAGUCCCAAGGUGUCAUCAGUGGGACAGUCUUCCUCAUCAUCCUCUUCUGCUUUAUCCCAGUGCCUUUCCUUAGCUGCUUUGUAGGAGAUCAGUGCAAGGGCUUCCCACAUGAUGAGUUUGUACAGCUGAUAGGUGCCCUCUUGGCCAUCUGUUGCAUGAUCUUCCUGGGAUUUGCUGAUGAUGUGCUGAACCUGCGGUGGAGGCAUAAGCUCCUCCUUCCCACCAUGGCUUCCCUGCCACUGCUCAUGGUCUAUUUUACCAACUUUGGCAACACAGUUAUUGUGGUACCUAAGCCAUUCAGAGCACUGUUUGGAUUACACUUGGAUUUGGGUAUUCUCUAUUACGUCUACAUGGGAAUGCUUGCGGUAUUCUGCACAAAUGCCAUCAACAUCCUAGCCGGCAUCAACGGCAUCGAGUCAGGUCAAGCUCUGUUUAUCUCCGGCUCCAUCAUCGUCUUCAACCUGCUGGAGCUCAGUGGAGAUUACCGUGAUGACCAUGUUUUCUCCCUCUACUUCAUGAUACCCUUCUUCUUCACAACAUUAGCACUUUUUUAUCACAACUGGUAUCCCUCAUCUGUGUUUGUGGGAGACACUUUCUGCUACUUUGCAGGGAUGACAUUUGCUGUAGUUGGCAUCCUGGGACACUUCAGCAAAACAAUGCUGCUGUUCUUCAUCCCCCAAGUGGUUAACUUUGUUUACUCCUUGCCUCAGCUUUUCCACAUCAUCCCGUGCCCCAGACACAGACUCCCCAGACUGAAUCCAGACACAGGCAGACUGCAGAUGAGCUACUCUAAAUUCAAAAGAAAGGACCUUUCUAAAUUAGGAGAUCUCAUUCUAACGGUGGCAGAGUUAUUGAAGCUGCUAGAGGUGCGAAGAGGCCAAGAGGGAGAUGAUGAAUUUAUUGAAUGCAACAACAUGACCUUAAUAAAUCUUGUACUGAAAUUACUUGGCCCCAUCCAUGAGAGAAAUCUUACAGUCAUCAUGCUCAUCAUACAGGUGAUGGGCAGCGUAGUGGCUUUUGGGAUCCGUUAUCAUCUGGUGCGCCUCUUCUACGACGUCUAGACAGCUCUCCUGAGAGGGAAACCUGAGAGAACACUGACUGAGGAAAUAUGAUAUUUUUGUGGAACUAUUUUACAGGCUCAUCGUCCAUAUGCCUUUCAAUAGAUUCCAUUACCUCGCUGUUACUUUUCUGCCUCAGACUUUGACCCAGUGCAAGGAUUUGAAAUUAUAUUUCACAUUGGUAGAACAUUUUCAUAUAUCAUGAACGGCGACAGCAGCACCGUUCACUAUUCUCCUUCUACUGUGUGUCUCAUGGAUUACAAACAGGAUGAGGUAACAGGGUUUAAACUAUAAUCAAUGUCCUCCCCAAAAGUAUAUUUUUUUAUACUGGGUUUUUGUAAGGAAAGUAGAGUAAGCCGGGUGACUUUUGGUCUUUAGAGCUGCCAACAUCAAAAGCUGACUGCCCUUAAAUUGUUACUGUUGAAGAACUCAAUAGAAGGGCUCACUCACACUUCAUUUUGCAUGACUGUCAAUCCAUGCAACAUGUGAGGAAGUUUUUUUUCUUGCUUAUACAUCUGAAUAAACGCACACAGAAUGGUCAUCCUAAACAAAAACAGUGAAGAAACAAGCAAG